AUGUUGACUUCCGCUCUGUUUCUGCUGGCCUCGCUGGGUCUGGCCCAGUCCGCGACCCUCGAAGAUCUCUAUCUCGAGAACGCGCCCUCCGCGCCGCGCCCCUAUGUGAUUCCGCAUUACGCUAACUCCCAUGCCGUCGCGGUGGGUGAUCAGGUGUAUCGCUUCACGGUCACGGGCCCGUCCUCCGACAAUGCGUUCACCUUGAUGAGCACCAAUGCGCCAUCUAGCUCCUCGCUAGGUGUGCUGCCCCAUGUGCACCAGAAGCACUAUGAGAACUUCUUCAACUUCAAGGGACGCUUCCAGCUCUGGGCUCAGAAGGAUGCCGCCGAACAGCAGGCGCGUCUCUUGACAGCCGGUGACUAUGGAUCGGUGCCCCGAAACACCACCCACACCUUCCAGAUUCUGGAUCCCGACACCGAGAUGGUCGGGGUGAUCGUCCCCGGUGGAUUUGAGGACCUUUUCUACGCCCUGGGAACCAACUAUACCUCUGACACCGGCACCCCCUAUGUUCCCGCCCACUCCAACAGCUCCUCGUCCCCCGACUCGAGCGUCAUCUCUUCUCUGCAGAAGUUCGACGUGUAUGCUAAGCUCGGCUUCGAGCCCCGCCGCGAUCUGGUCAACGGCACCGCCCCUGUCGACAACUCGGAGUGGCACACCGGCGACAACGCGCUCGGCACCCCCGGCCAGCCGUACUUCGUCGCUAACGGAUAUGGCCCCAAGUACCUGAACUCCAAGUUUGGCUACCAGGUUGUGCAGCCUUUCGUGACUGCCAAGCAGGCUCAGGAUACCAACUACACCCUGUCGACCAUCUCCCUCAACCACCAGACCAAAAACAAUGCCCCCUCGUACACCCUGAAGGGCGCGACGGCCUUCGAGGUGAUCGAGGGUGUGCUCAAGAUCCAGAUUGGCGAUUACCCCGUGGCUACCCUGUACACGGGCGACGUUGCCUUUGUGCCUGCUGGCGUGUCUUUCACUUACUACACGGAAGUGGCCUUCACUAAGGCGUUGUACAUCGCCAGCGGCAGCAACGGAGUGGACUCGCAAUUGAUUCGGGGGGGCAAGACCUGGAGCUGGGAACUGACAGGUUCCACCCUCAUCGAUGGAUUUCCAUGCGUCUCGCUGACCGCUCGGCGAUCGUGCUCCGUACUCUUCCCCCACUACUCCGUAUUGUCUGUUGUCCUCCACACCCCAAGAGAUUACGAUAUCAUGGCUUUACGACUCGAACCCGCCACCACUGAAGACCUCCCGGCCAUUGUCGACCUCUGGUUUACCGUCUUCAAUGACCCCGUAAUGAGCCACAUGAUGCCCGACACCCCCGGGGUGCGUCAGUGGUUCAGCGACACCAAUCGCACCGACAUGCUCACCAAGCCAUACCAAAAAUAUCUCAAAGUCGUCGACCCUAGCGCUGAGGUGGCAGGUCGUCCACGAAUAGUCUCCUACGCGAAAUGGGAUCUCAGCACGGCCAGCGAGCGCGGGCCUCGCUUUGCGCCUUGGCAUGCUGAGCAGCCCGGCUCUGAUUGCGACGCUUUCUUCGGGGUUAUGGAGGAGAACCGGCAACGGCUCUAUGGAGACCGGAAGAACUUCUGUAUGUGUCUAGCUCUGGCGUCGGGGUCCCGUACUAACCGGGUAGAUCUGGACAUGCUCGCCACACACCCGGACUACCGCCGUCGCGGGGCAGGCUCCAUGCUGAUCCGGUGGGGAUGUGAGGUUGCGGAUCGGGAGGGUGCUGGGGCAUAUAUCGAUGCCAGCAAGGCUGGUGCCCCGCUGUACGCGAAACACGGGUUCGUGGACCGCAGUGAUCCUGCGGUCAAGGGUGAGAUUGCCUCGAUGAUGCGGAAUUAG